CCUAUCGCUCCCGGCGCUGAGCUAUCUCUCUCGACAACAAGCCGCUCGCAACUCGAUGCGUGCGAGAUGGGUGCCCCGCUUGUUUGGAUCAACGGGUUUCCCGGCGUGGGCAAGCUGACGAUCGCAACAGCUCUGCAAGCAAUCGACGAGCACAUCAUACUGAUCGACAACCACAAGAUGAUCGACCCAGUAGAGGCCAAAUUCUCCAGAGACCACCCCGACUACCAGCGUGAACGCCGUGCCCAGCGCGAAGCUGUAUUCGCUCGCCAUGUCACAGCGGAUGAUGCCAAAGACCACACGAUUGUGUUUACAGAUUGUCAAUCAGACAAUGAUCUGGGCAGAGCAGUUGCCACUGAAUAUAAGCUUGCUGCAGAGACCGCUGGCAGAGACUUUAUACCGGUGUACCUGAGCUGCGACAAACACGAAAACCUUAAGCGAGUGUCCAGCGCGGAGAGAGUGGGGAGCAAAACAACCAAGCUGACCAGCAAGGCUAUCUUGAAGGACAUUCUCUCCAACAACGAGUUAUUUCGCUUCGAGGGCUGCUCGAGUCUGACCCUCGACAUCACGCAACUGUCUCCAGCAGAGGCAGCUCUUCAGAUUCGAAGCCAUAUCCAAAAGUGUGCUGGGGAGACUGCCUGAAACGAGGAGCUCAUACAAAGAAGCCCUAUCUCCUUUUCUUCUAGGACUGAUUUGGGCAGCCGACCAUGUUCCCAUGGCGGGAAUGCUUGGCAUCGAGGCAAGUAGACACGGAGAAGCGCAUACAUAUCGAAGACCACUCCAAAGGAGGCCCUAUAACCAAUGAUAUCUGAAGGAA